CAAGAACAGAGCCACGAUGGCCGACGAGCACCGCCUGACAGACGGCGUGUCUGUGGAGGCGAUCAAGACCUUUUUCGCAGACCUGAAGAAGGAGUUCCCCGACACGUACACUGAGAUGACCACGGAGGAUGCCUGCAAGCAACUGGUUGUGCCACGCACACGCCAGGACAACUGCGCCUACGUCGAGCAGCUGCGCAAGCAGUCGCCAGAACACGUGAACAAGGCCACCGUCUUUGUGUCGCACGCAUGGCGGUACAAGAUCGCAGACGUGCUCAACGUCUUGCUGGAGUUUGCAGAGGAGCAAGCAAGCAAGGAAGACAGCCAGCCAGUCUUCUUCUGGUUUGACCUCUUCAUGAACAACCAAAACGCCAACGUCACGGCCAACCUCCCACAAGAGUGGUGGAGCACGACGUUCAAGAAGUCGAUUGCCAACAUUGGCCAUGUGCUGCUGGUGCUCAUGCCGUGGCGAGACCCUGUUCCCUUGACACGCGCGUGGUGUUUGUGGGAGAUCUUCUGUGGCAUCAGCAACGAAGGCACAGAGGUCACCAUCCAACUGCCCAAGAGCGAAGAACAGGCGCUCGAACACACCAUCUACAACGACUAUAAAGCCGUCACAGACACGCUGGUGCGCGUGCAGGCAGAGCGAGCCGACGCCUUCAACCCGCACGACAAACACAUGAUCUUCACGGCGAUCGAGUCGUGGGCGGGCGGCUUUGGCGCAGUCAACCAGGCCGUGAAGGACCAGCUGCGCGCGUGGUGCCUGCAAAAGGCGGUGGGUGCCGUCGAAACAAUGCGAGCACGAGGCGAGGACAAAACUGACGCCUUCGCGGGGCUGUGUGGUGCGGUUGGGUCGGUGCUGAGCGAGUUUGGCGAGCACGACAAGGCAAUUGCCUACUACGAGACAGCGCUGGCAGUUUACCUGCGCACCGAAAAGGAGAAAGGAGAGAACGUGGCAGUGUCGAACAACAACCUCGGCAACGCCUACUGCAGCAAGGGCGAGUACGACAGAGCGAUUGCGUUUUACGAGAAGGACCUCGCCAUCACGGUGGAGACGCUGGGGGAGAAACACCCCAGUACAGCUAGCACGUACAACAACCUCGGCACCGCCUACUACAGCAAGGGCGACUUCGACAAGGCGAUCCACUACUACAAGAAGGCCCUCGCCAUCACGGUGGAGACGCUGGGCGAGAAGCACCCCAGCACAGCCGACUCGUGUGUGGGCCUCGGCAUCGCCUACGAGAAGAAGGGCGAGCUCGACAGGGCGAUUGCGUUUUAUGAGCAGGCGCUCGCCAUCAUGGUGGAGGCGUUGGGUGAGAAGCACCCGAACACAGCCGACACCUACAACAACAUCGGCAGCGUCUACUACAGCAAGGGCGACUACGACAGAGCGAUCGAGUGUUUUGACAAGGCGCUCGCCGUCAGGGUGGAGACGCUGGGUGAGAAGCACCCGAGCACAGCACAGACGUACAACAACCUCGGCGGCGCCUACCACGACAAAGGCGACUACGACAAGGCAAUUGCGUUGUAUGAGAAGGCCCUCGCCAUUACUGUGGAGGCGUUGGGGGAGAAGCACCCGAGCACAGCCACGUCGUACAACAAUCUCGGCGGCGCCUACGCCCGCAAGGGCGAAUACGACAAGGCCAUUGCGUGUUAUGAGAAGGCCCUCGCCAUCUACGCGGAGACGCUGGGCGAGAAACACCCAAGCACAGCCGACACGUACAACAACCUCGGCGCCGCCUACGUCGACAAGGGCCAGUACGGUAAAGCCAUCCACCACUACGAGCAGGCCCUCGCCAUCAAGGUGGAGACGCUGGGCGAGAAGCACCCGAGCACGGCCAUGACGUACUUCAACAUUGGCCUGCUGCACGACACGCGAGGGGACAAGGAGCAGGCCUGCGCCUAUGUCCAGCAGGCACUCGACGUUUUCGCGACCACGCUUGGGCCAGACCACCCAAACACCCGCAAGGCGGAGCGCAGCCUGCGGCGCAUUUGUGGUGGUGGUGCUGUGAACGCCCAGCAUGCAUCCACGCAACACGUGUCAGGGUCUCGACUUCAGCAGCAAAACGUGCUUGCUCAUCGCCACCUUCUUCUUCGGUUCAUCUCGUCUGCUGUUGUGUACCAGUCGUCUGCUCCACAACGCAACUUGCUUAUGCGGUUUCUCGGUGCACUUGCACAGGUUCACGCUGAGGCAAGACGCCCAGCAAACACAGGCAGCGACGGUGAGGACAAGAAGACAGGGACUGGGCACGGCUGUCCUCGUGGCUACUCUGCACCAGCAAGAGCGUUGUACAAGGACGCUUGCAAGUGCCCUGGUGAGCCACUGAUCGGCUGGUUGCGGAAGCGUGGGCGACGGAGGGCCGCCUUUCGCCCGUGCUGGUGCAAGUUUGACGACGACGGCCACCUCGCGUACGGCAAGUGCGCGUCAGGCACGGCCAAGCGACGCAUCCCCCUUUCCAGCGUGCAGUCAGCUGAGCUCGCCCAUGGUGGCGAGGAGUUACACGUUGCUGUUCCCGGCCGCACCUUCGUCUUCCGCCUGCACGCGCACUCUGACACCUCGCUCGCUGACUGGUGCACCGCCAUCAACAACCGCAUCAACACCACCACUUGA